AGCUACCUUACAGGACAAUGUGGUUUUGAGAUGCAUCUAUGACCAGGGUUUAUUUCCUCGACACAGACAAUGUUUAUUGUUUCUUUUUCUAUUCCUUUUUAGGCUUUUAAGACAGAGGCUUCGUAUCUGAAUUUUGUGUAAAUACCUUAAAAUCACAGACUGUAUCGUGGUAGAUCUAAUCAUUGUUUUACUUUGAAGCUGAUUUUAAGUCUGGUCUGUGGAGAUAUUGGUCUAACUUUAUUGGGGGAAAAAUACAUCAAUUUGUACCACACAGAAAGACAUACCACACAUGGCUCCUCAUCUCUCCCUCCUCCUAGUCAUCUUCUCCAGACUCUCAGGUACUCAGGCAGGAGCGUACGGUGUGUCAACUGUGAGUAAGGUGUCUGUGAAGACAGGAAACUACAUCACCAUCCCAUGUCGCUAUGAUCAGAGAUACAUACAAUAUGUCAAAUACUGGUGUCAAGGAGAUUACUGGAAUUCUUGUUCUGCUCUUGUACGCACGGACCAACCAAAGAUAUCUGGGACAGUGUCCAUCUCUGAUGAUGUCACCCGAAGAAUCUUCUCUGUUAACAUGACUGAUCUGCAGCCAGAGGACUCUGGGUAUUACUGGUGUGCUGUGGAGACUGCAGGACGAGAUCAAAAUACAUACUUGCACCUGUCAGUCACCACAGGUACACCAGAACUCUAUGUGGACCAACAGGAAGUUUCUGGAGUAGAAGGAGGGAGUGUCACUGUCCGUUGUUACUAUAGUAACACUGUGGUUAAGAAGUGGUUGUGGUGUAAGAUGGGUAUCUACUAUGUCCCCUUGGUGGGGAGAUAUUCAGGGAUUUUAGAUGGAACAUCAGUGACAUCACAGCAGACCAUUGAUCACAACAACAGACACAUUUUAACAGUGACUCUGAAUGGAUUGAAUAUGGGAGAUACUGGCUGGUACUGGUGUUCCAGAGGAGACCUACAGAUGCCUGUUCACAUCACUGUCAAUCAACUGACCACAACACAGAGUACCACACCUGCCUCCACCACCACUCCUACCCCCUCUUCCACCAUCAUCAUCUCCACUGUUAAUCAACUGACCACAACACAGACUGACACCAUCAUUAACAAGCAGACCACUGAAGACAUCUCUCUGACCUCGCCCACAUCUGUAGAUCCUGCUGUCUCCUCUUCCACCUCUCAGGCCCCAGUCAACAACACACACCAUGUAGCCCAGGGAUGGGAGAGAACACUCUUCUACCUUCCAAAAACUGUUAAUGCAGUGCUCUUCAUCCUGUGCAACGUCAUUGCUGUGGUGAAGUUCAGGGCAACCCGACUCUGAGGUGAAACAGGAAGAGUAGAAACUAGAUUUAUUUAGCAUUUGCACAUUUUUCAUUGCGGUAUAUGUCUUUAUCUUCUUCACCUUCUCCAGCUUUAAUGGAAUAUUUAAAUGAUUUGCUAAUAAACCUAUUUUACUGUUAUCAA